AUGGUGAGAGGUCAUGAGAAUUUCAAAAAUAUCGAAUGGUACAAUUUAAGGAUGCUUAUGGUUUGGAUAUUGAAUGGUGAUGUUGAAGCCACAGAAAUAUCAAUUUAUGCAUGUUCAAGACUCGAAAGCUUUUCUUGUAAGCAUCGUAAAUACAUCGCAUUGAACUUUAAAUAUGUCAACAUCAUUGAAUGUUUACAUCAACAACAGCUACAAGUCUACAUAAAACUUGUAGCAACUCACCCACAAACCAAUUGA